AUGGGUCGCCCACAGCUAUACAAGACUGAAGAGGCAUGGCUCAAAGCUGCCCGCACCUCUAAUCGUAAAUACUAUGCGAAGAACAAGAGGGAGAUUGGGCUCAAGAUGGCCAGGAAUUAUCGUCACAAGAGGGACAAUACUACUAAGUCAAAGUGUAGAAAUCUCACAAGUGCACCCAUGACCCCCAAACAGAGUGUAUCCGAGUCAUCAUUUACUCCACCAUCUCCAGCAGCACACGAGAACUGUGAUAUAUAUGAUAUUGAGGAUGCCCAAUCAAACCUUGUGGUGAUUUCUACCAAACUCGAACCUCUGUUUAUCAAGAUGGUACAGGACUUUCAAGACAACAGAGAAGCCGUACAUGAGACUUUGGAGCGCAUUCACGAAUACCUGCAAACUUUGGACGACAAUUUGGGUCAUGCAGCAGCUGCUGGUGUGAUGUGUCAGUCCAAGGCAAUCACAAUGGCCACAGAGGAAUUAUGGUGCUACUCAGCUACGAGGGAGAUGGACAAAGAAAUGAAUCCAAAAUUCCUUCGUGGAGGAUUGUUAUACCAGAUGAUAACAUUUUCAGCUGAAUACUUCAGGCUCUGGGAUGACACAGAUCAUAUUGUUUUCUUUAACAACAUUUAUGUGCGCUAUUUUGCACGCUGGCCAGACAAGGAGAGACUGUUUCCUGGUGUCACCAAACUCUCUGGAGAGCAGGCUAUCGCCGUUGCUUGUUCUGUGAGAAGGAAAGAGAAGGUUUAA